AUGGACGAGUUGGACGUUAUUCCUAUCAGUUUUGCCGAAGUCCAAGUCGCCACCACUCCUUCCUAUGCUCUGGCAGUAGAGAUGGAGAAGGACCUCAAUGAUCAAAUCAGUCUUGAAUACGAGGCGUUCUAUCUCUAUGAGCAGUUGGCAGCCUACUUCGCCAGGAGUGACAAGGCCCUCUUCGGAUUUUCAAAAUACUUCCGCAAAGCGGCUGAUGAGGAACGUCAUCAUGCUCAUGAACUCACCGAGAUCAUUAACAAACGAAUGGGUACAGUUACACUGAAGAAAGUCGAGGUACUGUUGGAUGGAUGGAUGGGUCCAGAAUGCUUGAAUCCUUUCAAUGCUUACGAAUGA